AUGUCUGCUAUUUUAAAACAAAGAGUUAGAUAUGCUCCAUAUCUCAAGAAAUUAAGAACUGGUGAACAAUGUCUCGAUUUAUUCAAACAUGGUCAAUAUUUGGGUUGGUCUGGAUUCACUGGUGUUGGUGCACCAAAAGUCAUUCCUACUGCAUUAGUGGAUCACGUUGAAAAAAACAAUUUACAAGGUAAAUUGGGAUUCCAUUUAUUUGUUGGGGCUAGUGCUGGGCCUGAAGAAAGUAGAUGGGCCGAAAAUAAUAUGAUUUUGACCAGAGCUCCCCAUCAAGUUGGUAAACCAAUUGCUGCUGCUAUCAAUGAUGGUAGAACUCAAUUCUUUGAUAAACAUUUGUCAAUGUUCCCCCAAGAUUUAACUUAUGGAUUCUACACCAAGAAUAAACCAAACGGAUCCAAUUUGGAUUAUACUAUUAUUGAAGCCACUGCUAUAACUGAAGAUGGAUCUAUUGUUCCUGGUCCUGCAGUGGGUGCUUCUCCAGAAAUGAUUUCGGUUUCUGAUAAAAUCAUUAUUGAGGUUAACACCAAAACUCCAUCUUUCGAAGGUAUUCAUGAUAUUGAUAUGCCAGUGAAUCCACCAUUCAGACAACCUUACCCUCAUACAUCAGCUGAUUUCAAGAUUGGCAAAACUGCUAUUCCUGUUGACCCCGAAAAAGUUGUUGCCAUUGUUGAAAGUACUAGUGGUGACAAAGUCCCGCCAAAUACCCCUAGUGAUGAACAAUCUAGAAGUAUUGCCAACCAUUUGAUUGAAUUCUUGGAACACGAGGUCAAACAAGGUAGAUUGCCAGCCAAUUUGCAUCCAUUACAAUCCGGUAUUGGUAACAUUGCCAAUGCUGUUGUUGAAGGGUUAGCAUCAUCAAAUUUCAAAAACUUGACCGUGUGGACCGAAGUCUUGCAAGAUUCAUUUUUGGAUUUCUUUGAAUCUGGUUCAUUGGAUUAUGCUACUGCAACUUCGAUUAGAUUGACCAAUGAUGGAUUUAAGAAAUUUUAUGACAAUUGGGAUACUUAUUCUAAAAAAUUGUGUCUUAGAUCUCAAGUUGUUUCCAACUCGCCAGAAAUCAUUAGAAGAUUGGGUGUUAUUGCUAUGAACACCCCUGUUGAAGUUGAUAUCUAUGGUCAUGCUAAUUCGACCAACGUCAUGGGAUCAAGAAUGUUGAAUGGUUUGGGUGGUUCUGCUGAUUUCCUUAGAAAUGCCAAAUUAUCAAUCAUGCAUACACCAUCUGCUAGACCUUCCAAAGUUGAUCCAACUGGUCUUUCAUGUAUUGUUCCAAUGGCUUCUCAUGUUGAUCAAACUGAACACGAUUUGGAUGUUGUGGUUACUGAACAAGGUUUAGCUGAUCUUAGAGGAUUAGCACCAAAAGCAAGAGCCAAGGUGAUCAUUGACAACUGUUCUCACCCUGAUUAUAAACCACAAUUACAAGAAUACUAUGAUAGAUCAGUAUUCUAUGCCACCAAGAAAAAGACUUUACACGAACCCCACAUUUUGAGAGACGUGUUUAAGAUGCAUUUGAAUUUCCAAGAAAAUGGUACUAUGAAAUUAGAUUCUUGGGAUAAAAAAUUCUAA